CUACGCUUAUACGAGUCCAGUCUAGGUUCUGGUGCUGCCGAGUCGAGAGGUAUCCGACAACGACAGCAACAUUGUUUCCUCUCAGUUUAUAUAGUUCGAACGCUAUAACAAAAUUCGACAUAGUGUGAUGGUUUAGAGCAGUUGUCGCCUAAUUAACGAUGAGUGUCAACCAGAAGGGAGUGGUGAUGUCCGCUCUGGCGGCAGCCGUGGGUCUCUUGGUGGGUGGGCUGAUCGGCCAUUUUGGCACUCCCACAUCCUCCUCAAUCAUGACCAUUCCGGAGGAAGACCAGCAGAAAAUAAUACUCGUCGACAAGCUCGUGACCGACAAAUGGACGAAAGAAGUCGACCUGAAACAGCGGAUGAUCAACCUCGUCGACACGUCGAACCUCAGAGAGAACCUUAGAGAACUGACUUCCAAGCCCCACUUGGCGGCCUCGGAGAGAGACGACGAAUUGGCCCUGUUGAUCCACAAGAGGUUCGUCGAUGCAGGUUUCGAUUCCUCCGACAUGGUGCCCUACAGGGUUCUCCUGUCCGCGCCGGAUCCAGCUAAUCCGAAUUCGAUCACAAUCCACGACAAGGACGAUAAGGAAGUCUUCAGGACCAAGUACAAGGAAGUGGAAGUCCGGGACGGGGACGAUAGUCCGGACUUCGUCCAUGCCUUCACGGGAUACGCUCCAGCAGGUGACGUGAAGACCGCCCCGGGCGUGGGCGUGAUCUACGUCAACUAUGGGCGAGUGGAGGACUUCGACAAGCUGAAGGAGCUCGGGAUUGACGUCGCUGGCCACAUCGUCAUCGCCCGCUACGGGAAGAUCUUCCGCGGGAACAAGCUUCUGCACGCAGAACAGCGAGGGGCCGUGGGAGUUAUCCUCUUCUCUGAUCCAAAGGACGUGGCCCUUGAAGGAGUGCAGCCGCAGGAGGUCUACCCCAACACCUUUUGGCUCCCCGGAAGUGGCAUGCAGAGAGGAACGUCCUACAUGUUGGAAGGAGACCCCCUCACUCCUGGGUGGCCUUCUACAGAACAUGCUUACAGGCUCAGUGAGGAAGAAGCGCAACUCCCAAACAUACCUUGUCAGCCGAUCGGGUAUGACGACGCGAAGGUCAUAUUAGAAAAGUUGGGUGGACAGAAAGCCCCCGAGGACUGGGUAGGAGGUAUUGAGGGAGUGGCUUACAAUCUGGGACCUCAGAUGACUCAGGAGUUCCAGAACCACUCUAUUCGGCUGCAGACCCACAACUCGAGGAAGGUCUCCAGGUCUUACAACGUCGUGGCCACCAUCAAGGGAGAGGUCGAGCCAGACCGGUAUGUUCUGAUUGGCAACCACCGCGAUGCCUGGGGCUAUGGUGCAGCUGAUCCUUCCAGCGGCACAGCGCAGUUGUUAGAGACCGCCAGAGUGCUUGGAGAGCUAUUAAAACAGGGAUGGCGACCAAGGCGAACUCUUAUCUUCUGCAGCUGGGGAGCGGAAGAGUACGGACUCAUUGGCUCAACUGAAUGGGUUCAGGAACAUGUGGAGAAACUAGCGGAGCGAUCAGUGGUGUACAUCAACACAGACACCUGUGCCUCAGGGCCCAUCCUGAAUGUCCCUGCCAGUCCUCUGAUCUGGGAUGCUAUUCAGGACGUCUCCAAACUGGUUCCAGGAGUGAGAGAAGGCAAGACGGUCUAUGAGGAAAUGGCUGCUUAUCAUGCCCUUCGGAAUAAGUCUUCCCCUGAGAUGACAACACUAGGAGGGGGUAGCGACUAUGCCCCGUUUUCAUUCUAUUGUGGAAUCCCUGCAGUAGACAUCUGGUUCAGAAAUGACAAGAACAAACAUGACAUUUCAAUCUACCCGUCCUACCACACGGGGUACGAGACCUUCUACUUGAUGGAGAAUCACAUCGACCCAGGCUUCAGGAUCAUCCAGGGCUGCAGCAGAAUGGCCCUCCUGACCCUGAAGUACUUCGGGGACUCCGCCAUCAUCCCCUACAGCCUGGAGAGAUUCCCGGAGGCUGUUAAGCAGACUCUGGAGAGCUUGAAGGGCAGUGGAGACAGAGAUAAACUGGUCAAGAUCUAUGAGAAGUACUCUCUUCUUGAAGAAUCCGUGGAUAACUUCACUGCGGCAACAUCUGCCUUCGCCAACAAGUUGAAGACUUUGGAAAGCAGCCUCAAUGACCCGAUUAUGAUUCGAGCCAUCAACGACCAGAUGAUGAAACUGGAACAGGUGUUUGUGUUACCUGCCGGUCUGCCUGGAAGGCCGGACACCAGACACGCCAUCUUCGCUCCCAGCCAGUUCGACAGCUAUGCUGCAUCCGGCUUCCCCGGGAUAACCGACCUCCUCUACGAGUACGAGGGCCUCGACGCAGGGGGCCAGCGGAAGAAGGGAGAGGAGAUCAAGAGGCACGUCUCCGACCUGACGAUCCUGUUCCAAAGGGCGGCGGGGCUGUUAAAAGAGUUCCACUUCAUCUAGGAAGUUCAGAGAAGAGGUAGAAGAGGAGCUGUACUUCCAAGCGGUAUCUUUCGAACACAUUUUACGUGGUGUCUUGGAAAAGCUGCCAGAAGUUUGUGUUCCUGUGAUACUUGUUUUUGUGUAGUUUUUGAGUAUCUAUUUUAUGGACUGUAAUUAGUAUGUUCAAACUUUUUCAAUUCUGAACUGUAAUUAAUACGUUUAAACUUUCUCUUUUAUGGACUGUAAUUAGUAUGUUUAAGCGUUCUCUUGAAUGGACUGUAAUUAGUAGGUUUACACUUUCUAUUUGAUGGACUGUAAUUGAUACAUUUAAACUUUCUCUUUAAUGGACUGUAAUUAGUAUGUUUAAACUUUUUCUUUAAUGGAUUGUAAUUAGUAUGUUUAAACUUUCUUUUUUAUGGACUGUAAUUAGUAUGUUUAAACUUUCUCUUUUAUGGACUGUAAUUAGUAUUUUUAAACUUUCUC